GUUCUCCAUUUAUUCCUCUUCCUGCGGCCCUGCGUUUCCCCAGGAUAUCCCCACAAAAGGGUCAACCUGUGUCUCUGGCCCGUCUGGUUGGUGCUUCCUGCGUGGAUCAUUUUAGAUAUACUAUCCGUCUCUAGCUACCGCUACUCUACAGUACAUACAUACAUACUCCGUACUACAACCACAGAAGACAUGGACAUGGUCCGGACGACACACACAGACGCCCAUUGACCUGCUUCCCUCCCGCCCGACAAUUCCAAUAUAAUCUCCCCUCCACGUCCAAACCCUGGCCAAAAAAGCGUCGUCCUUGUUGUUGGUUACUCUACGAAAAACAAUAUUGCUUUGCUGCUUGCUUCCGCCCAGCUUCCACUACUUCUACCGCCUUUCUUCAUCCGUCGCGGCUGAGCUGAUGGACGCCGGGGAUCACACACUCCUCCUCCCUCCAACAAACCAGCCCAGUCCACUUUCUGCUUACUUCCACUAAUCUGUGCGCGCUCCCGCCCCUCCCAUCUCAAACCCAUUUCCCAAAAAUAUUUCCAGCGAGCGAGAGAGAGAGAGACAGACAGAAAAAGGAAACUCAAGAUCGUCGCACCCACGCACGCCUUAUCGUUCCUACCUUCCAAUGCUGGCACAUUCCUUCACGAGCUCUCGAGAUCCCCAAUAAUGCCGAGGCUGUCCCACACCUGUCUCUUGUGAGCAGCAUUAACUCGCAGGUCCAUCCUUGCACUCUGCCGUCCUAUCAACGCGAAGCCGGGGGCCUGAACCAGAACGCGGGCGAUUUCGCGACUACUGCCAGUAUAGUACAUACAUCCCACCUAUAUCCACGUGUGGACACCCCACCCCGUUUCUAGAAAAUCGACCGAUCCGAUUUCUGACUCUCUCUGUUUGCGACCGAACGGAGAGAUCACGACGAAAGCGAGGAAUCAUGGCCCUCAUCUUCGCCCCAACCACCGCGCCUAUGGGCGACUGGGCCGGCGUCUUCCAGCAGCCCAAACCGCCGCCCUCCUCCCCGCGCCCAUCCGACAUCAGCGACGCCACCAGCCUCACGCGCGUCGACUCCUCCCACUCCAGCGGCAGCAGAUCCGAGCAUCGCCAGUCCAAAUCGCUGCGCAACAUGUUCAGCAAGUCCUCCUCCAAGAAGCAGACCUACAACCCGCCGCCCAUCCCGGAGAUCGGCGCCCUCGCCGACCGCCUCCCGUACAACGACGGCCCGCGCCACCGCGUCGAGCUCACCCCGACCGAAUUGAGCGAUGAUAUCUCGAUUUCGCGGACGAGCACGAAUGGCGGCUCCAGCGUGUCGGAUGGUGCGUCCUUCAUCGAUUCGCCCACCGGCGCGCAUCCGCCCCAGAUGAGCGAGAAGCUCGCUAGGGUCUUCGGCACGAAACCCCCGCUCGCGGGGCCUAAAGCCGGGCGUAUGCAUCCGCAGGGCGAGGAAAAGCCUCCGUCGCGGAAGCGCGACAGCUUUCUAGCUGCGAUGCCGAAGCGCAGUCUCGAGCGGCCGCCGACGAGCGCGGGACCGCCUACCAUUUCCUUGCCGCUAGCAGCGCCGCCGGCGAAGUGGGAGCCGCCGCCUUUCUUUAAGGGGCUGUCGGGCGCGGUGAAGCAUGGGUCCUUGAUGACGUGCGGGGUAACUGCGAAUGCGGUGAUCUACCUGAGUACGCACGAUAAGGCCGGGAAGAAUGUGGCUGCCUUGGGCUUUGGGUCGGAUCCGGUGAAGGCGGAUAAGGCGAAGGAGAAGCAUCGGCAGCGGGUUGUUGAGACGCUGGGGAAGGCGGAGUGGAGUCGCAAGAUCUUCGUGUUGACGUCCGCGGGGUAUCUGUUGCAGUUCUCGUGUGAUGGGGCGUUUAAUAGGUUGCCGGAGCUGUCGAUUAGACUUAGCAGGCAUUCGGUGGCGUUUGCGAGCGAUGUGAUUCCGGGAAGACACUGGGUUAUCCAGAUCACCACCGUCUACGAUGGCCUCAGCGCCAUCACAGCGGGCGAGUUAUCCGCUACUCCCGCGCCGCCUGCUAAGCAGCGCCCGGGGUCUAAGUCUACAUACGUCAAGCCCAUCAAGCAAUUCCUACUCAUCUUGGAUAACGGCGAGGAUCUCGACACCUGGCUCACCGCCGUGCGCCACGAGAUCGACGUGCUAGGCGGCAAAGCAAGCAGCGAAACUCCCGCGACCAACAACCUGGAGUUAUCACGCAGCCCUCUCUCGGAAACAACGAACGCCUUUCCCAUCCCCUCUCCCGUCAACGAACCCCUUUACUCCCCGCACUCCGACGACACCAACGAUAACAAUGACCCCCUCCCCUGGGAAACAGAUGAGCGUACUGCCAAUCUCCCCCCUUGGCCCGCUGAUGAGCAAACCCCGCAACCAAGUCGCGCUACAAACACCCUUUCAUCGGUGCCGAGCACGAAAUCAAUCGAAGAGCACCUCCUCGAUUCGCUAAGGGAUAGUAACACGUACAGCCAACCCCGCUCCUCAGGCGGCCGCACAUUCUUCACCUCCCCCUCCGCCUCGCGCAACUCCUCACCUACCCGAUCCCCGAUUUACGAAUCCUUCCCCCCGGCUCACACAGCCGAGGAUGAGGAAGGGCGUUACGGAUUCGGUGAAUUCGGCCAACACCAACAACAACAGCAGCAGCAACACCACCAACAACAACGUCCCAACGCAGCCAACAUCCGCGAACGCCGCCAAAGCGCCCAAGGCGCCCGUCCACCCGCCCUCGACGCCAUAAUCGCAGCGACAACGACCCCCCCUCUCCCCCCCACAACACCACCCAACGACCCCUCCCAGCCUCCCCGCCGACCAUCGCGCCGCACGCCUCCUACAGCGGUGAAAACCCGUCUCUCAAUCGUAGAAGACCAGCCUUCGCCCGCGAUGCUGUCGGAUGAGUUGAUGGAUGAGAUUUCCGCUCCAGCAAUCAGCCCGAAAUCGAGGGCGAGGAGACAGAUGCAGAGGGGUGCGCCUGCUAUGCCUAUCCCGCCGCCGAGGAGUGGGAAGAGGACUAGUAGUUUGCCUAGUUCCCGGGGCGGGGCGGGUGGUGCGUCACUGCCGAUGUCUCAGGGGAUGGGGUCGAGCCCGACGGAGGGGGAGGGGGAGUCAGAUGAUGAAUUCCAAUUCCACCACUGGACAUCCCGACUCUCCCCCCCGCCGCGGGCUCACACGCCUACGUCGCCUUCUUUCGGUAUGGCUGAGCUCGCUCAGUCUUCCUCCUCCGAGCACAUCGCGGGUCUUGGGGCCCCGCCGCCACUACCCCUCUUCUCAUACCCGUUCCCCCCCUCCACCUCCUCCUCGCCCGCUCCCACCGAGGACCCGUCAUUCUCGGACCCGAGUCUGUCGCCGCGUCCGCUGGUGAUUGCACCACACACCGCGCGCGCGAACGCGAAGGCGCAGGCUGCGAGGGAUAAGAGGGUUUCUAUCAACGGCGCCCCAGGCGCUGGGAUCGGUCUCGGUCUUGGUGCCGGUGCCGGUCGGGAACGACGUACUUCGAUCGGUCGACCGGGUGAGGGGGGGAAGAGGAUAUCCAUCGCCCGCUCUAGCGGCAGCGGAGGCGCGGACGGUCGGGAGAAGAGGGACUCCAUAGUCGUAAUGCGCGAACGACGCGUCCCUCCCAAACCCCUCAAUAGUCGUGGUUUCAUCGCCGUCCCCACCGACGGUGGCGCGUCUGGGUAUACCGGUAGCGGCGGUGCAUCGUCCGCUCCAGGCGGUUAUGCAACCUACGGCGCCGGUGGAGGUGGAGGUGGUGGAUUCGCAUCCUACGGCGCCGGCGGAGGAGGCGGCUACGGCACCUACGGCGGCGUCGCAGGAGGCGUCACUACCGGCCGUGUCGUCAAGGCGGUAGAUCGAAUGGUUAUUCGCGAGCGUGGCGCUUCGAUUGGGAAUUCUUAUGGAGAGAGGAGCCCGACGGCGCUUAGGAGCCCGCCGGCGUUGAAAUCACCGACGUUCCCGAUUAUGAUGGCGCAGGGAGGUGGUGGGGAGAGACCGGUUACGAGGGAGGGGGGGGGGAGGCCGAAGAGUAGGAAGGGUGGGGAGGGAGGGGGAGGGGGUGCAGGGGAGGUGGUAGGACCGCCGCCCGCGCCGCCGCCUACGAGGGGGUUGCCGCCUGUGCCGCCUGGGGGUGCGGGGAGGGCGAGGGGGAUGUCGGGUGCGGGGAGGUGA